UGUUGACUGAAUUUUAGGGAUGGAAGAGAGUAAAUUAGAGAAGAGGAGAUGGGUGUUUGGGAAGUCGGAGGAUUGAUUUAGAGAAAAAAGAAUUGGAUUUUAAGGAAAAGGAGUAUAAUAAAGAUGUGGGAAAAGGAAAUCAGUGAGAUAACAAGGGUUCUUUGAAGGAUAGAAAUCCUUUCGUGAAUGAAAGAGAAAAUAAAGAAUUUAAGGAUGAAGCUCCAAAAUAUUCCAAUGCCAAAAUUGCUCAACAUAAAACUGAUACUCUCAGUAAUACUUCACCCUCAAAUGCUCAGAACAAUAAUCCCUUCCUUCAAAAUAAUGACACCAAGAAUCCCACUCCUCCCAACGAUACAAACAAUAAUCCCUUUAUCAAAUUAUAUAUUCCCAAUAAUGAAGUUCCAAAUGCCAAAUCCUCUGAAUCUAAAAAUCUCAAAGACCAAUAUCCUAAGGAUGGCUCCUUAGAAGAAGCUGAGCCCAAGCCCCAGCCAGUUCCUUUCUCAGACCUCACAAAAGACCUUGACCUAUCAAAGCUAAAAUCAUCAACUAUUGCUUGUCUAGGACAGAAAUAUACUGAAAUAGUUGACCUGCUGAAUUCUAAAUUAAUAGCCCUGAAAUCACUUGAAGCUCCUGUUCUUGAGCCAAAGCCUUCAUUAGCACCUGUGACUCUAUCUGCGGCUUCGAAGAUGUCAAGUUUGAAGUGCAAGAUUAGAGCUGUCACUGAUGCUCUUGAGAAGUCUAAAGCUAUUCUUCAAGAGGUAACAAAGGCAAAGUACAAGAUUUGAACUGAGAAUGGAGAACAACUGGGGAGCUUGGCGGAAGUCAAGACUCAGAUUGGGAUUUGGAAGCAGAAGUUGGAUAGGGUGUGGAAGAAGGUUGGUAAGGCCAAGAAGGUAACCUCCACUAAGCACCCUCUUUCACUUAUUAUCAACAAUUACGAAGAAGAUCUCAAAACCAUUAACAAAGCAAUACACGAAUUAGACCAGAAGAAGAAUGAACUGAACUGCUUAAGCCAGACUGAAAGCGGACCAACCAUGAAGGCGAUUAGGGAAGUAGAGAACGAGCAAACCCAAGUUGAGAAACAGAUUUCAGAGCAGAUAGAGGAGCAAGAAAAAGAUUGCGCUGAAUAUGAGAAUUCUAAGGAAGAAUUACUUAGUGAUAUGCAAUCACUUAAAACCGAGCUUGCUAAAUUGGAGAGCGAGAAAAAGCAAAUUGACAUGCAUAAUUCCAAGCUUGAGCUGAAGAUUAAUCUGGCAUCUACAUUCAAAAGAUUAAGGACCUAAAUUUGCUAGUUAUUCUAAGU